AGAUGUUUCAAAUGCAAAUGCAAAUGCAAAUUUUUAAUUUUUAACAGAAACUUCUGUUCACCAUAUAUUUCUUUGUUGUUUCCAUAACCAGAGCAAUACCACAUACAUGACUCUUGUGGCUGAUUUUUGUGUUCUUGGCGUUGAAUAACUUUAGGGUGUUGACCUUCAUUCAACCAGUUGUUACAUUUUUUUGUUCUUUUUUUGUAAUUUUGCUAUAGUGCAAAACAAGGUAAAACUCGUGCUAACAUUUUUUUUUCUUUGCUUAGAUGUCAUGUCACAUUGUCAUAUUUGUUUGAGAAAAUAAUGAAUGGUUUUAUUUUCAUAAUUGUUUUAAACUAAUGAUUUUAUUGUUAGUUUAUUUUAAAAUCAUGCAUUAACUUCAGUGUUUACUUUUAUAUGCUGCCAAAAACAGCAUUGUACAGAGCAGUAAAUAACGUGUUGUAUAUAUAGUGUUUCUUAAAUCUUCAUAACAUUUUUUCAAAAUCUGUUAGAGACUUGGUAGCUCAUACCAUUAAUGCUCAUACCAUGAAUACAACUUCACAUUACUUGGCUCCUUUCCUUUAGUGCCUGGACUGGUGUAUUAGCAUGCAGAGCUCCACCUUCUUCAUAAUUGCGGUACCUCAUUUAGCAGUGCUUCCUCCAAUACUGCACUUUCACUACACUUUGCAUAUUUUUAAGGGCACAUUUAAGUUUGACUGUUAUCUGUUUCAUCCUGAGUUGAACCAUUUGAUGCAUAGUGAAGCUUGCAUACAUCUGACUUUGAAGGUUUCGAUAAAUGGGAACAAAAUGUCAGUUUAGCUGCAUCUUCCUCAUCCCGUUCUUUCUCAAAGAGCUUUCUCUGCUUUACGAUAUUGUAUGGUUAAUAAGUUACUUUUUAGUGAGUUGUUUCAUUGUGCUUAUAUUAAUUACGGGGUGUAUCUACAAUAUAUAUAUAUAGCCAGACAUGUCCGUAACACGGUUACAAUUAGCUAUUUUAGUUUAAUAUUGUCAGGUACUCUGGUUUCCUUUCACCCGCUAAAGACAUUCUUGUUGAGUUCACUGUGGAUUCUGAAUCAGCAAUGUGAGUGUGACUGGCGUGUCUCUCUCUCUGUGUGUGUUAACUCCGUGAUAGACUGGUCCAGGGUGUACCCUGCCUCUCCUCCAAUAACUGGGAUAGGCUCCAGGACAAGCGGGUAUAGAAGAUGAGAAUGAGUGUCAAAAUGCAGAUACAGUUUAUAGUACUUACAUGGCUUGUAUAACUGUCUUUGGGAGUCAAUACUUUUGGAAAGAAGCCGUUUGUGUGUUGCUUUGUGCGUACACUGUUCUAUAGCACCUACCAGAGGGAAGAAAGUGAACAGGAGAUAUUAUCUCCUGUUUUUUUCAUUUUAGAAAGAAAGUGUAAAUCCUGUCAUCAGUGACAUAAUCUGCAUACAGAGCUCUGAUUAAUCAUAUCCUAUUGAAUGUUCACCAUAAUGUAAUUUAACAAACUCAGUACUGUGUAGUAAGUAAGUUGCUCAUGUGUAGUCUUUACUGUGUCCAUGUAAAUUGUUAAUAUUUUUCAUGCCACAACCUGAUUUUUGAUAUGAUUUGGCCACAUGUGUGCUCGAUAUUGAAAACUGCAGUUAUUCUCCCAAUCUCUUGGUGACGCUCUUUUAUCAUGUCUGACUCGUGGAUGCUGCUGUCUCAUCUUAUCUGUGUCAGUGGAACUGGAGUAUUGGGUUAGAGCCGAGGGCUGUGUAUGCAUGCGCAUUUGUGUGUGUGGGAGAGAAGGAGAGAGCCUGUAUAACUGUGUGAGUGAGUGAGUUAGAGAGAGAGAGCAGUGGAGAAAUGGGAAUAGGGAAAGAGGAAUCCAAGCGGACAGCUUCCCUAAUAGAGCAUGAUUAAAUCGAGAAGCACAGAGUCGUUGGAAUACAGCAGCAUUUUCAGCUCCAUAUUUGGAUGUACAUGUUACGAUUCAGCAAAAAUGUCGACAUUACAGCUUCUUCUGAGAGCACGUUUAAUAAUGGACGAAUGCAUGAAUCUAAAAAUGUUUCUCAAUAUUUUAUUAUUUGCCCUCAUUUGUGAUGUUUCGUUUGGAGAAGUCCGUUAUGUUCUUCCAGAGGAGAUGCAGAGAGGUUCGAUAAUCGGGAAUGUUGCGCGGGAUUUGGGGAUGGAUGUGGCGCAGCUUGAUGCUCGACGAGCUCGGGUUGUUGCAGAAGGAACCAGCCAGCUUUGUGAACUGGACACUUCAUCAGGCAAUCUUUUGAUCAGCCAACGCAUAGACCGGGAGGAGAUCUGCGCGCAAGCCACCGUCUGCAUCCUACAGUAUCAGCUUUUGCUUGAAGAUCCCCUUCAAGCUUUCAGCAUAGUUUUCGAUAUUGCAGAUAUAAAUGACAACAGCCCAGUCUUCGCUGCAGGGAAGAUAAAACUGGAUUUAGUGGAAUCCACAAUUCUGGGGAGACGCUUUCCCUUAGAGAGCGCGCAUGACCCCGAUCUGGGCACCAACUCUGUCCGUGAAUACAAGCUGAGCCAGAAUGAUCAUUUUGCGCUGGAAAUGAGUACCCAAAUCAACGGCAAUGCUUAUCCAGAACUAGUUCUUAAAAGGGCCUUGGACCGGGAGGCGCAAGCUGAACAUGUACUGAAAAUCAAUGGAAUCGACGGGGGAAAUCCAGUCAGAUCAGGAACUGCUUUGAUCCACGUUCGUGUUUUGGACGCCAAUGAUAAUGUCCCAGUUUUCAGCCAACGAGUUUACAAAGCUUCUGUGCCAGAGAACUCAGCCAUAGGGACUGUCAUAACAACGCUGAAUGCAACGGACUUAGACGAAGGUGUCUAUGGGGAGGUUACAUAUUCCUUCAGUCACCUCUCGGACAAGAUGGGCGGAGUUAUUGACAUUAACUAUCUGACUGGAGAAGUUCGCGUGGCAGGGCAUAUUGACUAUGAGGACGCAAGCUCGCAUGAGUUGGAUGUUCAGGCUAAAGAUGGCGGUGGUCAGGCAUCUCACUGUAAACUUAUAAUUGAUGUCAUUGACGUAAACGAUAAUAAACCCAUGAUAGAAAUAAAGUCAGCCUCUCCCAACAUGGCUGAAGGCACUAAACCAGGAACUAUGGUUGCUCUGAUCAAUAUUUAUGACCUGGACACUGGUAACAGUGGCCGCGUCACAUGUUCAGUGUCAGAUAAUGUCCCGUUUAAAUUGGUAUCGGAGGUCAAAAACUAUUACAUGUUAGUCACUGACGGAAUACUAGACAGAGAACUGCAACCAGAGUAUAACGUCACAGUUACUGCCACCGACGCGGGCUCUCCCGCACUGUCUAGCGUAAAAGUUAUAGCUAUCGUGGUUAGUGAUGUAAAUGAUAACUCGCCAACUUUUACGCAAAGCGAAUACAACGCCAAUAUUUUGGAAAACCAACCAAUUGGCACGUUUGUGAUGAAAGUCAAAGCAGAGGAUGAUGACGACGGAUCUAAUGCUAAAUUAGCAUACCAAAUAUCUCAGGACACAAACUCAGAAGUGUCGUCUUUCCUGACCAUCAACUCGGAUACCGGGGAGCUCUUCACAUCACGUCUCUUUGAUUACGAACAGUCAGUUUACUUUCAGAUUAAGGUGACAGCUCGAGACGGGGGCAGGCCUCCACUUUCCACCACCUGCACUGUUAAUGUUUAUAUAAAAGACCAAAAUGACAACGCACCUGUUGUUCUAUAUCCCGUCCAAACCCCCGGGUUCAUUGCUGAAGAUAUGGUGCCAGCUGAAGCACCUAGAGGCUACCUGGUUACCAAGGUGGUGGCUGUGGACGCGGACUCUGGACAUAACGCAUGGCUUUCGUAUAGAAUAAUCAAAGCAACGUGGCCUAACCUGUUUACGGUAGAUUUGCAUACAGGAGAAAUCAGAACUGUGCGAACAUUCAUGGAAGACGAUGAGCCGAAACAAAGUGUCAUCGUUUUAGUUACGGAUAACGGGCCCGAAUCUCUGUCUGCCACUGCCACAGUCAGCAUACUGCUCGGUGAUGGGCUGCCCGUUUUAAGCGAACUCUUUGAGAUUUCGCAUGAGUCACAGGACAACGAUAACUUAACGCUCUAUUUAAUCAUCGCUCUGUCAGUCGUCUCUUCUCUUCUCAUUAUUUUAAUCAGUGGGGUGUGUUAUUUUAAGCUCUGCCGACGUGGUUACGUUUACCGUUCACCCACCCCGAGUCUCCCCGUUUUCCCCACGACCUACUACCCCAGUAGUUUCACAGAUCUAAGCCGUUGCGGGACCUUGCUAAAAGAUGAGCGGUAUGAUUCCUUCUUGACCACUGGGUCGUGGAGAGGCGAUUUUCGGUUCGGAACAAAUACAGAUACCGACACGCUUAAGAAAAGAAGCGCAGCCUAUCAGAAAUACACACUGAGGCGCCUCAGUGCAGACAAAUCUACUCUGAAAGUCAGAGCAGGCCAGCAUCCUUGUUACGUGGUCAAAUAACAGCCAACCAUAACAUAUAUUGUAAAAUAAUCCGUGUGUGGUGAAUUACACUCGAAUCUGAGACUGUCAGAUAUAUCACUAUUGCAAUAAUUUCCCAACAUUCCUGUAUAAAUACUAGAGAUAUAGUAGCUGUCUACAUUUAAAAAUGUUUUUUUCUAUGGAACUACGUGCGUGGUUGUCGAUGCAUCACUUUUUUUGUAUGUGACCCUCAACCCUUCAUGACUGUACCUUGAAUAUAAUCUUUGCAGAUCAUAGAUCUUCGUGACUGUUCUUAUCAACAACUGAAAAUGCAUGAAGUAUAGGCAUUGUCAGGCUUAUUUUGUUUUCCUGACAUUUUUAUUUAUUUAUUUUUCAUACAAGUCAUUAGUCUCAAAAUGUACAUACAAUAUAUAAAUAUACAUACAUUCAUUUCAACUAAACAGGGGUAUGUAUUCAAAUGCUUAAACAUAAAUAUAUGAUUACCCACUAGGAAGAUGAUAUAACUGACCAAAUACGUGAAAUGCUAUGUCUCGUUUCAUCCAUUUCACAAUUAACCUUAGUGACUUCUCUUUCCAUUACAUCUUGUGCAAUAUGCUAGUCUUUUGCUUUGUUGUAGUUUAUUUAUCUUUGCCUCUGUUUCUGCGUGUAAUGUUUGUGUAAUAUUCAUUAUAAUAUUUCUCUUGUCUAUUUUUUACUUGGAAUAAACUGUGGUUAAGUUUUGGUAAUGUUAUGUUGACAAAGUAACACAGAAUUUGCAGUGUGAGGGCCCAAAAUGAUUUCCACAGUGAACAGUAUGUGUGCAUUAAAGGAAAAAAUAAAUGAAUCAAGAA